AUGUGUGGCAUAUUAGGCGUUGUGCUAGCCGAUCAGUCGAAGGUGGUCGCCCCUGAGUUGUUUGAUGGCUCACUGUUCUUACAGCAUCGCGGUCAAGAUGCUGCCGGGAUUGCUACGUGCGGCCCCGGUGGGCGCUUGUACCAAUGUAAGGGCAAUGGUAUGGCACGGGACGUGUUCACGCAAGCUCGGAUGUCAGGGUUGGUUGGCUCUAUGGGGAUUGCACACCUGAGAUAUCCCACUGCAGGCUCCAGUGCGAACUCAGAAGCGCAGCCAUUCUAUGUGAAUAGUCCCUACGGAAUUUGCAUGAGUCAUAAUGGUAAUCUGGUGAACACGAUGUCUCUACGUAGAUAUCUUGAUGAAGACGUUCACCGUCAUAUUAACACGGACAGCGAUUCUGAGCUACUGCUUAAUAUAUUUGCCGCGGAGCUGGAAAAGUACAACAAAUAUCGUGUGAACAACGAUGAUAUAUUUUGUGCUCUAGAGGGUGUUUACAAACGUUGUCGCGGUGGCUAUGCUUGUGUUGGCAUGUUGGCGGGAUAUGGAUUGUUUGGUUUCCGGGACCCCAAUGGGAUCAGGCCGCUAUUGUUUGGUGAGCGCGUCAACGAUGACGGCACCAUGGACUACAUGCUAGCGUCCGAAAGUGUCGUUCUUAAGGCCCACCGCUUCCAAAACAUACGUGAUAUUCUUCCCGGCCAAGCCGUCAUUAUCCCUAAAACGUGCGGCUCCAGUCCACCAGAGUUCCGGCAGGUAGUGCCAAUUGAGGCCUACAAACCGGACUUGUUUGAGUACGUGUAUUUCGCUCGUGCUGACAGCGUUCUGGACGGUAUUUCCGUUUACCAUACACGCCUGUUGAUGGGUAUCAAACUUGCCGAGAACAUCAAAAAACAGAUCGAUCUGGACGAAAUUGACGUUGUUGUAUCUGUUCCUGACACUGCACGUACCUGUGCAUUGGAGUGUGCCAACCAUUUAAACAAACCUUAUCGCGAAGGAUUUGUCAAGAACAGAUAUGUUGGAAGAACAUUUAUCAUGCCAAACCAAAAAGAGCGAGUAUCUUCUGUGCGCCGCAAGUUGAACCCAAUGAACUCAGAAUUUAAAGACAAGCGCGUGCUGAUUGUCGAUGAUUCCAUUGUGCGAGGUACCACUUCCAAAGAGAUUGUUAACAUGGCGAAGGAAUCCGGUGCUGCCAAGGUCUACUUUGCCUCUGCAGCGCCAGCAAUUCGUUUCAAUCACAUCUACGGGAUUGACCUAGCAGAUACUAAGCAGCUUGUCGCCUACAACAGAACUGUUGAAGAAAUCACUGCGGAGCUGGGCUGUGACCGCGUCAUCUAUCAAUCUUUGGAUGACCUCAUCGACUGUUGCAAGACAGACAUCAUCUCAGAAUUUGAAGUUGGAGUUUUCACUGGUAACUACGUUACAGGUGUUGAGGAUGUGUACUUGCAGGAAUUAGAACGUUGCCGCGCUCUUAAUAACUCGAAUAAGGGUGAAGCGAAGGCCGAGGUUGAUAUUGGUCUCUACAAUUCUGCCGACUAUUAG